GCUUGGAAUUGAUCCAGUUCUCCGACAGAAAGAAAGACUUCUGUAGACAGAAAUUAAUAGACAUCAUGGUUCGAGUUCCGUCCUUUGCCGUUUCGGCCUUUUUGUGCCUCGCUGGAAUCAGUUCCGAAGGCGUGAAUGCGUUUGCCCCCACCGGAGGUGUUACCCAACAACGCGUUGCCGGUGGUCAUGCCAGAAUUGCCAAAACCGCCCCCUCGGCCGGAAGAAAGGGAAGCACGUCUCUSUUCAUGUCGUCCCGGCAACAAACCGGACGCGAUUUCUACAGAAUCCUGGGCAUCAACCGCAACGCCGACAGCAAGGAGAUCAAAUCCGCCUUUCGAAAGAUGGCGAAGCAAUACCACCCAGGUACGUCUGGAUGGGAAAAAGAAUUCGUCGCCGCGGGCGUUGCACGAUUGGUACGGGGUUCGGAAAUUUCUCCGUUUAUGGAAUUGUUCUCUCAACUCUUUCGCGCGCGUGUGUUUUUGUUGAUGUUGUUGUUGUUGUUGUUGUUGUUGCUCUCGCUGCAGACGCCAACCCGGGAAAGGACACGACCGAACAGUUCCAGGAGGUCAACCGCGCCUACGAGGUGCUGAGGAACCCCGAGUUGAAAAAGAAAUACGAUAUGUUUGGUGAGUCGGGCGUGGGAACCUCGGCCGCCAGCGAGGGCCAGGGAUCCCCCUUUGGAGGCGGCGCCGGGUUCGGCCAGGAGGUCGACCUGAACGACAUUUUCGAUUCCUUCUUUGGAGGUGGCGGAGGCUUUGGCGGCGGCCCCCGAACGCGGCAGCAGCCCCGGGGACCCGUGGUGGGCAACGACCUCCGGUUCGACCUGGAGAUCGAUUUCAAGACGGCCGUCUUUGGCGGGGAAGAAAAGGUGAGGAUCCGCCACCUGGAAACCUGCGACACCUGCAGCGGAUCCGGCGUCAAGCCCGGCAGCAAGAUCAGCACCUGUCCCAACUGCGGGGGCAACGGGGUCACCGUGGAGGUCACCCGCACCCCGCUCGGAAACUUCCAGACGCAACAAACCUGCCCCGUCUGCCGCGGAACCGGCCAAAAGGUCGAGGAAUACUGCGGGACCUGCGGCGGGCAGGGCCUCAACCAAAAGACGAAGCAGAUCAAGGUCACCGUUCCCGCCGGUGUCGAGGACGGCAACAAGCUCCGCGUGAGGGGAGAGGGAGACGCCGGUCCCAACGGUGGCCCCGCCGGAGACCUGUACAUCUUUUUGCGGGUCAAGGAGGACGCCAAGUUCCGCCGCGAGGGCCCCGAGAUMUACUCGGAGGAGACCAUCAGCUACAUCGACGCCAUCCUCGGAAACUCCAUCAAGACGCCGGUCGUGGACGGCGAGGUGACCAUCAAGGUCCCCCCCGGAACGCAGCCGGGCCAGGUCAUGCGGCUGAAGGGCAACGGCGCCCCKCGGCUGGGAAACCCCAACCAGCGGGGAGACCACUACGUCACGGUCAAGGUCGACAUCCCCAAGGACCUGAGCAAGGAAGAGGAGGAACUCAUGGAAAARCUGAGGACGAUCCGGGAAGARAAGGCCGGCGCCAAGAGCGGCGGGGGCUUUUUCAACCGCAACUAGGAAGGACGCAACCCAGCCAGCCAGCCAGCGAMGAAG